GUUUCUAUCAAGACCUUGAAAAAAUGGCAUUAGCAUCACAUAUUCUUAUUCUUCUUUCUCUUUUUCUUCUGAUUUCCCUCGUCCGACCACAAGUUCCUCCAAUGGAGCAAUUCCGGUUCCUUAACAACGGCGACUUUGGAGAAUCCACGGUGGAGUACGGUGCAAGUUACAGAGAUUUAGGUGUAAUACGUAACCAAUUUCGUCUAUGUUUCUUCAACACCACGCCAAACGCAUUCACACUCGCUAUCGGGAUGGGGACAGGAAGUUCUGAUUCAAUCAUUCGUUGGGUUUGGCAAGCUAACCCACAAAAACCAGUUCAAGAAGAGGCUUCUCUUUCGUUUGGACCGGAGGGAAACCUUGUCCUCGCCCAGCCAGAUGGCAGAGUCGUAUGGCAGACCAUGACAGAAAAUAAAGGUGUUAUAGGCUUGACCAUGAACGAAAAUGGAAAUCUUGUGUUGUUUGAUGAUGGAGGAUGGCCCGUGUGGCAGAGCUUUGAAUUCCCAACGGAUACACUCUUGGUCGGUCAGUCUUUAACACUCGAUGGGUCGAAGAACAAGCUCGUAAGCCGCAACAAUGGGUCUUAUAGUCUUAUCUUAGAGCCCGACCGACUCGUUCUAAACCGUUUAAUCCCUCGUAGCAACAACAAAUCCCUUGUGUAUCACAUUAUAGAGGGUCGGUUUAUUCCAAGCGCCACUCUAUACUCGGCUAAAGACCAAGGGACCACGACUCAAUUGGGCCUAGCCACGCCGGGGCUCAGGCCUGAGUUUCCAUAUAAACAUUUUCUCGCAAGGCCUAGAUUCAACGCCUCACAAAGUUUCCUUAGGCUCGACGCUGAUGGAAAUCUUAGGAUUUACUCUUUCGAUUCCAAGGUCACGUUUCUUGCAUGGGAAGUAACGUUCGAGCUUUUCAACCACGACAACAACAACGAGUGUUGGUUACCGUCCAAGUGUGGAGCGUUUGGGAUUUGUGAGGACAAUCAAUGUGUGGCUUGUCCGUUGGGAGUGGGCUUAAUGGGCUGGAGUAAGGCUUGUAAGCCUAAGAAGGUGAAGAGUUGUGAUCCGAAGAGUUUUCAUUAUUAUAGACUUGGAGGUGUUGAGCAUUUCAUGACUAAGUAUAACGUUGGUCUUGCGCUUGGAGAGAGCAAGUGUCGGGGUUUGUGUAGUGGAGACUGUAAAUGUUUGGGGUAUUUUUUCGAUAAAAGUAGCUUUAAGUGUUGGAUUAGUUAUGAGCUUGGGACUUUAGUCAAAGUGUCUGAUUCCAGAAAAGUGGCUUAUAUCAAAACUCCUAAUGUGUGAUCAGUAACGUGUAGAAAAGGCAAAAAACAUAAUGGGCUUAAAGUACUAAUAAGCCCAUUAUAUGUACGACUUAAUAAAGGCCUUUUUAUCU